AUGGCUUCGCCAGGAUAUCGAGUGACGGCCGUCGGAGCGUUGACACUGGUGCUGCUGCUGCUGGCCCUGGUGUGUCCGGGUGUGCUGAGUGACGAUCCUGGCCCAGUGCCGACCCCGUCCGGUGGUCCGCUCAAGCUGGACGACUACGUCCUGAACACGCAGUCCGAGUGCUACAAGUCGAAGCGGCUGGUGUCCUGCUUCAAGUAUCGCUUCUCGCGCUACCUCUGGUCGUUUGCGACGGGACGUAUGAACUGGUUCGCCGCCGAAAACAGUGCGACGGUGGACGGUGCAAGUGGCCUCAAGCUGGUGCGGUUAGCCGAACCGAAAGAGGACGACGUGUUUCCCGAGGCCCGACAGAUGAGCCCGUACGAUAGCGAGCUGCUGAAGGGGGCCAAGUUCCUGCAGCGGUCCCUGAACACCUUCAUCGCCAGCCACGGUGUGCAGGUGGGAAUGGGCGCCGAGAGCGGCGCCCGGUUUAUGGCCGACGAUGACUUUGAGGCGCGCGGCAAGAAGAAGCGCAAGUGGAGCCUUAUCCUGCCGUUGGCCGUGAUGCUGAAGUUGGUGCACUUGAAGCUGCUCCUGAAACCGAUUCUACUCGGCGUGGGCCUAAUCCAGGUGAUGCUGAUCGGUGGCGGUCUGCUGCUGUUCUACUUCUUCCGCAACACCAACAUCUGUAAGAUCCAGCCACACGUCAUCCAUGCACACUCGCACAUCAGCAGCGAGUCCAGUCCGGACCUCUCCUAUGCGGCCUACGGUGCGUACCCGUCCUACUCGGCUUCGCCGUACAACGCGUACAGCAAGGACUGGGCCAGCAACCGGGCGUACAGCGGAUACAGCUUCCUCGAUGCCAUCGAUAAUCAUAAAAUCUAG